CAGCUUCGGCCGAGUUCACAAUCGACGAUCCAGACAAAAUUUCCGCGCCACUCGUUGGUUCGUUCGCAUACUGAGCAGACGCCGGUUGUCGAAUGGCGUUAUCCAUUGUGCCAGUGGCUUCCGGUGUUCCGAUCGGAGUUCCCCUUCUUUCAAAUCAAACGGUUUUUAACUGCAGAAGUUUGCAAAAGGAUGGAAAUUUCGGCGGCCAGAGAUUCGGUGCAUUCAAGAUGAAUGGAAAUCUUAAUUUUAUGGCUAAUUCCGUUUUAGGGGAUGACAGCGAUUUCCUUAACUAUGAUGUGCCAUUUCCAAGUGAUUAUUCCGAGCUUCUUGAACAAGCGAAAAAAGCAACUGAAUUGGCCUUGAAGGAUAAAAAACAAUUGAUGGAGAUUGAAUUUCCAACGGCUGGACUUCAGUCUGUUCCAGGCGAUGGUGAAGGGGGUAUUGAAAUGACUGGAAGUAUGCAGUUAAUUCGUGAGUUUUGUGAUCGUUUAGUAAAUCCAGAGAAAGCUCCUCGAACCAGAAUAUUUUUUCCAGAGGCAAAUGAAGUGAAAUUUGCAAGAAAAUCUAUCUUUGGAGGAGCUUCAUUCAAGUUGGACUAUUUGACAAAGCCUUCAUUAUUUGAGGAUUUUGGCUUUGGGUCUAAAAUUAAAAUGGCAGAUCGUGUAAAGCCAGAAGAUGAACUAUUCCUAGUUGCUUAUCCAUAUUUUAAUGUCAAUGAGAUGCUUGUGGUGGAAGAGCUUUACAAAGAAGCUGUCGUGAAAACUACUCGAAAACUUAUUGUAUUCAAUGGGGAACUUGACCGUAUAAGAUCUGGGUAUUAUCCGCCAUUCUUCUAUCCAAAACUAGCUGCACUUUCAAAGACGCUUCUGCCCAAGAUGGAGACGGUGUAUUACAUCCACAAUUUCAAAGGACGCAAUGGGGGAACUCUUUUCAGAUGCUACCCUGGUCCCUGGAAAGUCAUUAGGAAUCUGAAGAAUAAAUGUAUCUGUUUGCAUCAGCAAGAAGUGAUGCCAUCCCUUAAGGAAGUUGCCCUGGAUAUUCUUCCAUCAGCUGGACUCAGUAACUAAUUCAGCUGGCAUAUUUUAAAAUGCAGGACUCCCAAAUGCGUACGCACUCUGCAGCUGGGCGUAUGCCUCCAUUGCCAAUGCCCUUAGCCGGGAAAGAUCCAGUCCCUCCUGGGCCUCCUUGAUGAUGGCAGCCCCUCGACGAAGCAUCUCCCUCAACGAACCAUCCCCCUCGACGAAGCUACACCCUUGACGAAGCCUUUCUUUGACGAAACCGUGUUGAUAUUCUUUGACGGCAUUGUGUUGAUCUUUCUCCCAAGAGACUCCUCCAACGUCGUCAUUUCUCUUGCCGACCCCGAUUUCCAAUUUUCUCUCUCUCUCUGAUGGAUUGAUUGGUGUCUUUGAAUCCCUCUCUCAUCUCGCGUAUUCGCAGUUUCUCUCUCUCACACGAACUCGAGUCUUGUCUCUCGUCAAAAAGUGGGUCUCUCCAUUCCCAGUCUAGUCGGUAUUAAUGACCUGUUCCCCACCCCAUUUUUUCUUCCUUUCAUUUUUACAAGGUGUGAAUGCCAUAUAGCUCGUUAAUUUAUUUUUGACCUUAAAACUUUUUUUC